UCCAGUCCAUCCAUGAAUUGUCAAACACACCCUGAGGAUAUAAAUAAUAGAUUACUCAUUACAAAUCAUAUGAAGAAAUUAAAUAAAUUUAACUGCCCCUGGCCACAAGAAAAAUUCUAUAAAAGUAGCCAAUUGUAUAACCAACCCACUCACAGUUCCCACCAAUCCUAUCUCUUUAGUGCUGUGCUGUUUGUUUAUCUCUCCGAGCAACAACAAUGGCGGACGAGGUGAUUCUGUUGAAUUUCUGGCCCAGUGUGUUCGGCAUGAGGAUCAGAAUCGCACUUGCGGAGAAGGGUAUAGAGUAUGAGUACAGGGAGGAGGAUUUGUGGAACAAAAGCCCACUGCUCUUGAAGAUGAACCCGGUUCAUAAGAAAAUACCCGUCUUGAUUCACAAUGGAAAGCCGAUUUGCGAGUCUCUCAUUGCUGUUCAGUACAUUGACGAGGUUUGGAAGGAUAAAUCUCCAUUUUUUCCCUCCGAUCCUUAUGAGAGAGCUCAAGCUAGGUUCUGGGCUGACUAUGUUGACAAGAAGAUGUAUUCUAUUGGGAGGACUGUGUGGACCACAAAAGGAGAAGAGCAAGAGGCAGCCAAGAAGGAAUUGAUAGAAAUGCUUAAGGUGCUGGAGGGAGAGCUUGGAGACAAGGCUUACUUUGGGGGUGAAAACUUUGGGUAUAUUGACAUUGCUCUGAUACCAUUUUACAGCAGAUUUUACACAUUGGAGACUUUUGGAAAUUUCAGCAUUGAAGCCGAGUGCCCUAAGCUGAUGGGAUGGGCUAAAAGGUGCCACAAGAGGGAAAGUGUGUCCAAUUCUCUUCCCGAUUUUCAUGAGGUCUAUGACUUUGUUGUGCAACUUAAUAAGAGAUUAGGAAUAUCAUAA